AUGGUUGUAAUUGAGCCUGAAAAGACUCAAAUGCUUUACAACCAUAGAACAGACUGGGACUCUUUACGGGAAUAUGUUGAUGAGGCAAUCAAUCUAAAGGUCAAGCUAAAAACUGCUGAGGAUAUAGAUCAGGCUCUAAAACAUUUUACAAACCAGGUCCAAGAGGCAUGCGGGAGAAUGAUUCCUGUCCUAGAUAGUUCGAGAUACAAUACCAACUUACCACUAUACAUUAAAGAUAAAAUAAUUGAAAAAAGAAGGCUGCAUAGAAUCUGGCAUCUUAGUAGACAUCCCAUAGACAAAGCAGCCUUGAAUAAGGCAAUACAGGACUUAAGAAAUCUAAUCCAAACAGCAAAUGACUUGAACUCACAAGACCAGCUGCAGUCACUGUCUGCAACUAAGGUAACAAACUAUUCGCUUCGGAAAUGUGUGAAAUCCUAUGACAGACCACAAGAACAGAAGCUACCACAAAAAAAUGAAAAGGGCUCCUCGAAAUGGGCAAGAACUAGUAAGGAUAAGGCUGAUCUAAUUACAACAAACAACAACACACAUGUGUAUAUGUAG